AUGCUGAUUGAACCGAAAACUCGCAAUGUCGUCCAAAUUGGAAUAGGUAUGUGCUGUGUGUUCUUUGCGUUUACUUCUCAGGGGUUCAUUGUCGAAACGGUGUUAGCAGGAAAGCACAGAUCAGAUUCAAAAAUUUCCGAGCAUGCUGGUUAUUAUAGUCAAACAAUAGUAUACGGGGCUUUUAUCUUCUCUAACGCAGUUGCUCCUGUAUUUUUAAAAAUUAUGAAUGUUAAGUGGAGCCUUGUCUUAGGCAGUUCUACUUAUACACUGUUUAUGCUCGGUUUCCAGUUUCUAAAUCCGUAUUAUUUGUAUGUAUCUUCUGCUAUAGAAGGUUUCGGAGCUGGUCUUUUGUGGACGGCGUUUGGCCAUAGCAUUGCUAUUAAUUCUAACGAGAAUACUAUAGCUAGGAACAGUUCAAUUGCGUGGAUCAUUUACAGUAGCAGCUUCAUCUAUGGUGGUGUCUUUCUUGUGGCUAUGUUCGGUCACGACAAACGUGUCACCAUCUCAGACCAGACGAUGCAUCAAUUGUAUGGCGCUUUCGCUGCAGUCUGCUUUCUAGGAAACAUAACUUUUGCUCUAUUACCAAGUAAAAUGGAAGAUUGUAACACGGACGUGCCAGCUGCCUCCACUACCGAGAACGGUUUAUCAGACUGUUUGAAUGAACUGAAAGCUUCGUGGAAUUUAUUACUGCAACCAAAAAUGUUUUUCCUUUGUUUUAUUUUUGCAUACUCUGGUAUGGAACUAAGCUUCUGGAGUUCUGUUUAUUCUACAUCCCUAUCAUUCACCAAACUGUUCAAGAUUAAUACCAAUGUGUUGAUAGGAUUAAAUUCCAUAUGCGUCGGAGUGGGAGAACUAUUUGCUGGUAUAGCUUUCGGUGUAUUCGGCAAGCGAACAAGUAAGUUCGGGAAUUAUCCGAUAGUCUUUUUUGGAAUAUCAGUGGGUCUAAUAUCUUAUGUUCUUACUGUCAUCAACUUACCAAGCAAUUCCCCCUAUGAAGAUUCGUAUGGAAAAUCGUUGAUCACGCCGAGGUUCUAA